AUUCGGGCUGGGGUCGUUCCGGGUGUCCCGGAGAGGGGAUUUCCGCGGUGCGCGGCUCCGGGAGGGGGGAGCCGGGCAGAUGGGGAGGGGACGGGGAGGAGGAGGAGGAGGAGGAGGAGGAGGAGGGACGGGGAGGAAGGAGGCGCUGCCCUCGGCUCCCCGUAUCCCCCGUCCCUGCUCUCGGGUCCGCUCCGUCCCCUCCCGUCGCUGCGUUCCGUCCCGGCGGGGGCUGCAGGAUUCCCUCGGCCGUCCUCAGCCCGCGGAGAGCUCUUGACAACAGGAAACAAUGUGUAGUGAAUGGAAAAAGGGGGUGGUGCCGCCUGCACAACUUCCCCUGACAUCACUGCCCAAAUAAGGAGCUUGAAACGAACCUUUUCUAUUGCAGCCCGGCAGAAGAUCCCCCCGGAGUCCCAGGGUCUGCAGAGGCAAUGGCAGAGCCGCGGCUGCAGGGCGGGGGGCGAGCGCAGACCAUUUCUACUCCUUACCAAGAGCAUUUUGAAUCCUAAUCCUGGCUUCCGAAGUACUUGCAGCCCGUCCCAGCCUGGUAUCAGCCGCACUUUUAACUGAAUUAAAUCCUGGGCAAACGAGGGAGAGACACCAUCAAAAUUACAGGCUAUCAAGUCCACUAAAUGUGGGAAAUACUUUUCCAAGGCUUUUGAACUCAAAAGUGGAACAGAAGGAAGACACAGGGGGACAUACACCGUUCAGCAUUAUUUUCCUUGCACAGGAAAAAAAGAUCAUUAUGAGAUGAGCGCUAAAGUCUCAAGUUUUCAAAGGUUUGCAUAACAAACAAGAGACACAUUGUGGGUUGCAUCUUGACUUUGAAGGCUUGCCACUGUCAACUGAAAUAAAAUGGCAAGGUUUAAAGCCUUAACCAAGUUCACAAGGAAAAUAUUUGGACUAAAAGUUUUGGAAAGUUUUCUCUCUUUGAAGUAGUUUGUCAUGUGUUACCAAUGUGAACUUUAUUGACCUUGAAACGUUUUUUUUUUUUGAGUCAAAUAGCAACUAGUGACACUUUAGUAAAAUCUUAAAUCAGCAACCAUCUCCUGGCGACUCCGGCUUCGUAGCAAAUGCAGGCAAAACAGGGAAUCUGCAGCAGAGACCUUUAUUAUUCGUAAAUGAAGCCUGCCAAAACCUUCCCGAAAUAGCAUUCAAAGACCCUUUUAAGGUCAUGGAUCCUGAACAAAGCCAGAAGAGCACAAAAAAGGCUGAGGAAAGUCCAAGAAAGAGGCUUCCCAAAGGAGAGGCUUUCCAAGGCAGUAUUUCAUCUGCAGCUACGUAUCAGGGCAGCUCCGCUUCUUCGCAAGGAACCCCUCUCCGAGAUCUCAUAUCGCAGCAGCACUUUUCUGGCUCUUUGCCGAUUCCAAGAGAGGAAUCUCAGGAGAAGACUGGACAUCAGAAGCAACCUAAGCCUUCCUCCUUCGAGCACCCUCCCCACGUCUCGCAGCUUCAGCAGCACGCACUGUCACCAGCAUUCAUGUCUCCUGGGAAACCCGAGCACGUCCUUGAAGGGCCCACAUGGCAGCUAGUUGAUCCCGUAAGACCAGGUCCCUCUGGCUCCUUUCCAUCGCCCGGGCUUCACGCGCAUCACGGCCAGCUCUUACCUUCCCAUUCACCUAUCAUUCCUGGAGAGGACAUGCCGUCCGUUCAAAAGGUCUACAUCCCUCGCCCUUCACAGGUUUCCUUAAAACAAGCUGAGGAAGUGCACAAGAAGGAAAAGAAACCUCAGAAGCCAGGCAAAUACAUUUGCCAGUACUGCAGCAGGCCUUGCGCGAAGCCAAGUGUGCUCCAAAAACAUAUCAGGUCACACACAGGUGAGAGGCCGUACCCUUGCAUUCCAUGUGGCUUUUCUUUUAAGACUAAGAGCAAUUUGUAUAAACAUAGGAAAUCUCAUGCUCAUCGAAUAAAAGCUGGGCUGGCCUCAGGGAUAGGAGCAGAGAUGUAUCCGUCGAGCUUGGAAAUGGAGAGGAUUGGCGGGGAGGACUUUGAGGAGCCAACAGAAGGAGAAAGCACAGAUUCGGAGGAGGAGACGGGAGCGAUGUCGGGCCACCCCGCAGAGCUCUCCCCCAGGCAGAAGCACACCCUGCUGUCCAGCAGCCUGCUGAGCGCCGGGAGCCAAGGCUCCAGCCACGACCGCUGUUCCCUGUCCCAUUCCAGUAUGUCUCAGUCACUCGAGGACAGCAGCCAGUUUGCAGAGCCACCAUCCGACCAAGCUCUGAGCCAUAAAUCGGAAGAUACCCACACGAUAAAGCAGAAGCUCGCACUCCGCUUAAGUGAACGGAAGAAGGUCAUAGAUGAACAGGCUUUCCUGAGCCCUGGGAGCAAAGGAAGUACAGAGUCGGGCUACUUCUCGAGGUCAGAAAGUGCAGAGCAGCAGAUCAGCCCCCCAAAUACUAAUGCAAAGUCUUAUGCAGAAAUUAUUUUUGGGAAAUGUGGUAGAAUUGGGCAAAGGACUGCAAUGUUGUCUACAAACACAACGCAGGGGUUUCCGCACCUCUCUACCGAAGAGAAACCCAGUAUGGUACCGUUAUCUGUGCCUAGAACACAGGUUAUUGAACACAUCACUAAGCUAAUUACAAUUAAUGAAGCUGUUGUAGAUACCAGUGAAAUAGAUAGCGUUAAGCCUAGAAGAAGCUCUUUAUCUAGACGUAGCAGCAUUGAAUCUCCAAAGUCUGCUGCUUAUAGGGAACCAUUUCAGUUUGAUAUCAAGUCUGGUUCCAGUAGCCAGUUGGAUGCAUCAAAAGCGUUGACAUCCCACGGUGAAAAAAUGAAGCCCGAACAAUCAUUGUUGUCACUUCAGCAAUCCCACAGUGCCACAGAGACAGUGCCUCUCCUAAGAAGCCACUCAAUGCCUUCUGCUGCAUGCACUAUAAGCUCCCCACACACCUUUAGAGGUAGCUAUUCAUUCGAUGAUCACAUCAUGGAGCCUGAAGUCUUAAGCCGCAGUCAAGCAUUUUCUUCCCAUCCUCGAAUGCUAAAACGACAACCAGCUAUCGAGCUACCUUUGGGAGUAGAAUAUGUCACAGAGGAGGUUAGCUCUGCGAGCAAAGAAACUGUUUCCAAACCUCCCGAGGAGCCUGAAACCAAGGAAAGCGAUCUUACCAAAAAGUCACGUAAGGGGCCGAAAGUCAAAGGGUUCAUGUACGAAUGUAAUGUGUGUGGUGCUCGGUACAAGAAAAGGGAUAAUUAUGAAGCCCAUAAGAAAUACUACUGUUCAGAACUGCAGCUCUCAAAGCCACGUUCUUCCACUUCCCAUACCUCUUCAGAGACUGAGAAAAACGUCACGGAUCCUGACACGUGGCCCCAGGUGAUGCAUUACAAGCUAGGGAGCACUUUGGAGCUUACCCCGCUCCGAAAACGACGAAAAGAGAAGAGCCUGGGCGAUGAUGAGGACCCUCCAGCUUUUGAGCUGUCGGAUACUCCCUCCUCCAGCGCUGCGCCAGGGGCUCAGUUUGCAAACCCGGCAUCAUCUGACGUCGCUUUAAACCUAACCCGUGAAUCCAUGAAGUCACCAGCAGACCCGGGGAAAUCCGCACCUUCUGAUGUCAGUGCCAGCUUCCAUUCCAGGAAUACCAAACUGGUUUCAAGCACGGAGGGCAAAGAGAGAAGGACAACCUCAAAGGAGAUCUCUGUCAUCCAGCACACGAGCUCCUUUGAGAAGUCUGACUCCAUCGAGCAGGUGAGCGGCUUGGAGGGCGAAGAGAAGCCCACGCCGCAGUACCCGUCUCAGCCAGCUGUGCAGCACAGCCGCCCGCAUCACUCCCUGCAGCCCAAGCUGGUGCGACAGCCCAACAUCCAGGUCCCAGAGAUUCUGGUCACGGAGGAGCCCGACAGACCAGAAACAGAGCCAGAGCCUCCUCCGAAAGAACCAGAAAAAACAGAGGAAUUUCAGUGGCCACAGAGAAGCCAAACGCUUUCUCAGCUCCCUGCAGAGAAACUCCCACCAAAAAAGAAGAGGCUGCGGCUGGCAGAAAUGGCUCAGUCCUCCGGAGAGUCCAGCUUCGAGUCGGUCUCUCUCACCAGAAGCCCAAGCCAGGAGAGCAGCGUAUCCCAUGGCUCCAGCCAUUCUGUGUCGUUCGAUCGGGAAGAUCACAGCAAGACAGAGCCCAGCAGCCAGCCUCCUGAAUCCCACUCCAAGCCUCCAGGUGUUGGCUCCCACAUGCUGAUGGUCCCGAGCCACCACCAUCACCAUUCCAGGGAGAUGCGGAGAUCUGCCUCCGAGCAGACGCCCAACGUGUCCCAUGUUUCCCAGAUGUCGGAGACCCGCAGCAAGUCCUUUGACUAUGGGAGCUUGUCCUCCACGCCUGCCUCCACCCCCGGCCCCUCUUCCUCCUCGGCUCCCCAGGAGAGGAGGAAAUGCUUUCUUGUGAGGCAGGCGUCCCUCACCAGGCAUCCGGAGCACGAUCCAGACCCAGCCCCAGCAGGCCGACCAGAGGCAGAAGACCCAAUUCCUUCCUCGAGCAAAUCUCCCUCGACAAGUUUGCCCCAUCAGCCACCAUCUUCAUCCCCUUUGCCCUCGCACGGUACCUACCCAAGCGAUAAGAGCCAGCCAAAAGACAGCCCCCAGCCUGCGUAUACCCAGCCCUACACAGAAGCCCUGCAGGUCUUCCAUCCUGUCCCCCAGCUAACGCUGCACGAAAAGCAGUUCCUCUCCCCGCAAGUUUCCAUCUUCCCCUACCAGCCCCUCCUGCCCCAGCCGGGGCAGCCUGCGGAGCUCUUUGCUGCACACACCAUGUCCGACCUCCUCUCCGCACAGCUCACCGUGCCCCAGCUUCCCCCUUCCAUCUUCCAGACCCCUCCACUGCCCCUCCAGCAGACGCUGCUGCACCCAGGCCCACUGCACCUUGCUCCACCGCUGAUGCCGCACCCCACUGAGGUGCCCUUCAGACAGCACCCCUCCUUCCUGCCAGUGCACUACCCCAGCUCCUCACCGAUCCCUUCUGCCUUUUUCCUGCCUCUUCAGUCUCAGUUUGCUCUCCAGCUGCCAGAAGCUGGGGGACAUUUACCGCAGCUCAAAUCCAGUUUAUUUCCAGCAGCAGGGGCCUCCAGCCUUUCCCCGUGCACAGAAUACGGCUCAGACACUCGGUUGCACCCCCUGACCCGCACGACAAGUCCUUCCGUGCCCGUGUCCACGGCUCAACUCGUCGUUCCCACGCGGUCGGACCCUAUGGUGUCCCUCGUGGUCCCCGUCCGCAUUCAGACCAACAUGCCAUCCUACGGGAGCGCCAUGUACACCACGCUUUCCCAGAUCCUGGUCACUCAAUCCCAGUGCAGUUCCUCUUCUAUUGUUCUCCCCAAAUUCGAUGAUUGCCAAGCCAAAGGCACCCUGGUUUGCAGUGCUGAUGUGCACAGCCUCGGGUUCGAUCUGGCGCAGAUGAUCACAGAGGAGCAAAGGAUUUUUCAGAGCCCAUAUCUGAGGGUGCCCUUACCUCUACCGGAGCGAAAGGGCUGCAUCCCGCUCACCUCCCCAGCAGACAGCGUCCUUGGGCUGGAGGGAGGCCCGUCCACUGUUGGUGGAAGCAAGAGGAUGCUCUCUCCAGCGGGCAGUUUGGAGCUGACGAUGGAAACGCAACAGCAGAAAAGAGUGAAAGAGGAGGAGGUGUCAGAAGCAGAGGAGAAGUUGGAGGUGGUGAAGCCACCCAGUGCAAUAGAGGAAGGGAAAAAGCAGGAUAAAGCUCAGUUUCUUUCUGAAAGACAAGGCAGGGUUGAGGUUGAAACACCACCUAGUUUGUCCUUAGAGCAGUCGGAGCUAAAGGAAACCCCGAGUACUUUGCAUCAAGACGUGUCCCGGUCCGGUUCUCCAAGCUUCGAGGCGCUGGAGGAGUACCAGCAGCCAGCUGGCAAGCAGCCCCUCAGCAAGGCACCUUUACAAAGUGUGAAGAAAGAAGACUCCAAAGAGCCGGUGGAGCAGCCUCCACCAAGCCCUCCAAGCCCUGCACCUCUCUCUGAGGUCCCUCCAAGUGCAAUGAAGUCUCGAGAAGGUACGGAUAUGAAGAAGGUACUUCAGUUCCCCAGUCUCCACACAACCACUAAUGUCAGUUGGUGCUAUUUAAACUACAUAAAGCCAAAUCACAUCCAGCAAGUCGACCGGCGGUCUUCGGUGUAUGCCAGCUGGUGUAUUAGCUUGUAUAACCCCAACCUUCCGGGUAUAUCCACUAAAGCCGCCCUGUCCCUCCUGAGGUCCAAGCAGAAGGUGAGCAGGGAAACCUACACCAUGGCUACUGCUCCACGGCCAGAGGCAGGCAGGCUUGUCCCGUCCAGCUCCAGGAAGCCCAAAAUGACAGAGGUUCAUUUGCCUUCGCUCCUUUCUAAUGAAGGUCGAAAAGAUAUAACUAGAGCUGAGAAGGAAGAGGAUAAAAGAGGAAAACCAGAAGAAGAGGCUGUUGCAACCAAAAGAGGGGAGCCAGUCAGGAUCAAGAUCUUUGAAGGCGGGUACAAAUCAAACGAAGAGUAUGUGUAUGUGCGAGGCCGUGGAAGAGGGAAGUAUGUAUGUGAGGAGUGUGGAAUUCGCUGCAAGAAACCCAGCAUGCUGAAGAAACACAUUCGCACGCACACAGACGUCAGGCCAUAUGUCUGCAAGUACUGUAACUUUGCUUUUAAAACCAAAGGGAAUCUGACUAAGCAUAUGAAGUCAAAAGCCCACAGCAAAAAAUGUCAGGAGAUGGGCGUGUUGGUAUCUUCACUGGUGGAUCUGGAAGCCGAAGAAGGAACCAGUGAAGACCUAUUCCAGGACUCUGAGGGGCGGGAGGGAUCCGAGCCUAUUGAGGAACACCAGUUUUCAGACCUCGAGGAAUCUGACGAUGAUGAUGACAAUGAAGAUGAUGAAGAUGAGGAGGAAGAGGAGAGCCAAGAUGAGCCACCUUUAAAGCUGCCAGAAGCCAAACACCCCGCCCCACUGAUGCACUCUUCAGGUGGCUCUCCAGCUUCUCAAGAGGAAGGCACAGAAACAGCAUCGUCCUUAGCCCAAGAAACUGCUUCCAGCAGCCAAAAAGUUGGUGAAGGCCAGCAGGGCUCCUCCUGCGGGCUGGAAACCAGGUGGUCAGCAGACAGCAGCGACAUCGCCGUGUGCCACAGCAUCCUGAGUCUCCACAGACCAGCUCUGACUUCUACCGAACAACUGGCUUCUGCUGAAAGAGAGUCUGUCACCAGGCCACCCAUGUCCCUUGCUAUGGACACGUCAGCCUCAAAAGACACCUCCCCAAGGAAAAGGUGGUCUCCGAGCCAGGACUCCAGCAGAGCUGGCGGCGGCAGCAGACCAAUGCUAGCGAGAAAGCACCUGUUAACCAAAAAUGAAACUUCACCCAAACGGUUUUCACCCACUGGGGAGAUGUCUCCUCUGAGGUGCCUGUCCCCAGGGAGGGGGCUGUCCCCGUGCCCACGUGUCUCUCCCAGGAGGGAGGCAUCCCCACUGCGGUGUGCGUCGCCGAGGCUCGAGCUGUCGCCCAGCAGGCAUCUGUCCCCCAGGAGAGAGAUGUCCCCCAGAGCAUACCUUCCUCCAGAGGGAGAGGCCUCAUCUCCCAGCAGAGAGAUGCCAUCGGGCAGGUAUUUAUCACUGAAGAAAACCUUGCCCCCGAGCUGCUCGGAGGCACCCAGGUACCCAUCCCCUGGCAAGGAGGACAUGCCUGGGACGAGCAGAUCAGCAGCAGAUGACAAAAUUCAAAGCUCAUAUCAAGCCCAGCAUGGAAUAUUAUCUUCGAUGCCUCUACCUCACAGGUUCUUUGGCAAAAAUGUACAGCUCUAUGAAUCCAAGUUGAAGAUAGAACCCAGGAGCCCACCACGCUCACCCGGCACCAUGCAGCCCAUCUGCUUCAGACCCUUGCAGGCACCUCACGAACUUCACGCCCACAGCCGAGGAGAGGAGAACGUGUUCAGCCACCUCCCACUGCACUCGCAGCAGCUCGCAAGGACCCCAUACCCUAUGAUUCCCAUCGGGGGCAUCCAGAUGGUCCAGGCCAGGCCAAGCACCCACCCCAGCCUGGUGCCCAGCUCUGUGGUGUCCCUGCCAGGGGGACACUUUGCGCCUGGUGGCAAUGGCUUUGAGGAGCCAUGGGUGCCACGGGAGUCUUCAUCUGCAUCCGUCUCCCCAGUGGCGAAGGUUUCCAAAUACGCGCUGUCCCCAGAGCCUACAAGCAGCGAGUGCUUGGAGGAGAAAAUGAGGACUAGUGAGCUUAAGCAAAAGCCAGACCCGGAGGAAUACAGGGUAAAAGCGUUUGCUGAGCCCAGCCCCAAGGAGCAACCGGGCUGCUCAGCAUCCCCAUCCAGCCCCAGCACCACCCGCCAGCCCUCUCCAAAGCCUUCAACGAGUGGGGAUGACCCCUUGACUAAGCCGGGCGAGAAGCAAUGUGGCAGCUCGAGCAGCCCUUUGGAAUCACCACACUGCACUUUCACCUCCGAGCUCCCCUCCCCGCCGCCGCCCCACAGCCCGCAGCCCUCCGGAGAGCCCCGCGGAGCCCCCAGGAGCCCCCACACAGAGCCCGCAGGCGUAGGUCACGCUCAGACAGAGGCGGACGACAGCACGGGCAGUGCUUAAGCCCCCGCCAUCUGUUCCACCUUUAGGCUUCCUAUGUAAAAUCAACAGACAUUUUCAACACUAUUUCCUUUAGUAUAAUCAUCGCUAUACGAAGCACUCUAGUGAAUGACCAAACCCAUGGAAGUUUCCUGGUUUUCUUUGUCCCUGGUCUGGUAUUAUCUCCACAUGUAUGCAGUUACUUGUGCCUUUUUCUAUACCUUUUGUUGCUUGAAAUGUACAAAGAUGUUUGAGGCUGUGAAUAUUUUUUUAGAGUUUUUUGGAAAGGGGUUUGUUAGACCUUGUCUUUUUUUGCCAUUGAGGUGUGUGUUCUUAUGGGCCUGAGAGAUGCAGAAAGGAAAGGGUUAAGCAUUUUGAGAGGAAGAAGAUGCACUGAAAACAAAAACAAAAAGAAAAGAAAAACUUUUUUUUUAAUAUUGAUUCAAUGAUUAAAAAGAAAACCAAACCCUCACUCCUGUGUACAGAAGUUUAUGAUUCGUAUUUAUUACAUGCUUUAUUUAAUUCUCGCGAAGUGCUUUUUUUUUUUUUUUUUUCUCGCAUCCCUCUGAUUGCCUAUGGUUGUGCUUUAAACACUUGAGACUGCUUUACAUUUGAGAAACGUGUUUACCCUGAAGUUGCAAAUGAAGCUAGCACUUCCUUGAGGAGGGGGAGGCUGUUCGCAGCAAGAGAAAUUGUCGCUCCGAGAGGAAAGCUCAUCGUGAACAUCUCUCCCUCCUGCAGAACAUCAAAGCACUUUUUUUUAAAAAAAAAAAAAAAAAAAAAGAGGACACACACAAAAAAAUUAUUCUUCAAAGAUUUACCUGCAAGAAGGUAGGAAUGUAUCGAAUGUAGUCCUGUGUUGGGCUUCAUCCCUCCAUCCCCAUCGCUGUGCCGGAGCCCUCUCCAUGGUCCUGGAGCCCCCGUACCCCUGGCUCUAAGGGAGGCUCUCACCCUGCAGCCAUUUAUCCUCCCUGGUUUUUAGGUGGUGGACGAGCUGCUCCAUCCCAUCCCGUGGGUUUGCUCCUUGAGCUUUAGGGAUGCUGGAGGAGUCUGUGCUCUGCUUGGUGACUCUGUGCUCUGUUUUCUUUGUAUUUAUUUAUUUAAGCAGAACAUCACCGUGUUGCCCUCGUUGAGCAGAUGAGCCCUGUAGGGGUAUUUUAGAAGGAAAAGUUACAGCGCUGAGUGCUUUGCAGUCAGCUUGUUCUGCAUGCAUGGUGACUUUUCCCUGGGCAGACUUUCCCCUCUGAGUUCCCGUAGCAGAGCAGUGGCCCCGCUGACCUCAGAUACCAAAUACAGAGACUGACGGAGUCGCUCUGUCCAUGCGCUUUGAACCAUGGCCAUUGGGUAUGCGGCUGCCCCAGUGGACAGCAGAGGGUUUGCAGAAGGUUUUCUGGCCUAUGAAAUCUGUACAGACAUUUUUUUUUUUAAUUUUAACAGCAGCAAUUAAAAAAAAAGAGAGAGAGAGAAGAUGAUAUAAAUAUUUAACCAGUGGAUCAGUUCUAUCUUCUUUCAGAGCUGUUCCAGUUUAUCGGGUACGUAAUACACUUUUUAAAAAAAGUUAAAAAAAUUUUAAAAAAAGAAAAGAAAACCAUGAAUGAGAACAUAUUUCCUUGCCAGACUUGAUGAGCUACGAACUGUUCCCGUUUCACGGGCAAAUACUAUAGAUUUUUUUAACAAUCUGUGACUUUUUUUUUAAUCAUUUUUAUUUUUCGCUUUUCUUGUAAAGGGGAGUUAAGUACAAAAGAAGAUAUCAUGGAAAUAGCAUUAAGGCUGUGACACUGACCAAAACAAUGUCCAGAACCCAUUUCUACCUUAAUCAGCACUUUUAUCAAGUUUCCCUUUCUCCCAUCUUCCUGGCCCCAGGCCUCAUCCUGCUCCCAGAUCCAGCCAAGUCCCAUGGCAGAAGCCAAGGCUGCAAGCCCAGUUCAGCCCAGUGCCUCUGCUCCGUGGAACCUUAGGCAUUAGCUUCAGUCCCUCCUGCCCAUUGUAACAGCAUUGAAGUGUGAUGCCUCUGCUGUGAGUAUCCCUGACCGUAACCCUAAUCCUAACCCCAGUCAUGCACUGGGUUCAGAUUUCCUGGCUUUUGCCACCUUUUUCUGCCUUGUCACACUCUUAACAUUAUUCCAAGGUAGCUUUUUGUAUUUAAUUUUUUAAAAAUAUAUAUACAUAUAUAUAUAUAUAGAAACUGUACAUAAAGAAAAACAAUGCAGCAGUUGUGCACUCAGCAUCCUGGUUUCAUUUGGUGCAUUUGACAUGAGCUUUGGGCUAGAUCAAAUUUGCUCAGCUUUCUGUAAUUGUAUUUUAAUCCUUGACCUGUUGGCACUUGGCACGGGUGUGGGUUUUUUCUUCCUUCUGUCAUUCUCAGCAGAAGAAAAAGAAAAACAAAACGGAACCUAACAAAACCCAGAAAGCCCUCAGCCCAUUGUUGUUGUUGUAUUUUUUUGGUUUUGUUGGCGUGGCUUUUUUUAUGAUGAUGACUUUUUUAAAGCUUUUCCAGAAGCUCCAGAUGAGUUCUGCAUCCCAGCUGCAGAGCAUCCCAGCUGCCUUCGGCCAAAAGCCAGGGCAACGAGGCGCAGGAGCUGUGCAGCAGUGAUGCUCCAUGGGUUGUGCCCUGCAGCCACAGAGCGGGUGCGUGUGGGGACAGCCAAAAACUCAGGGGCAAGGUGAACAAUCUCAGCCUGGUCCUGCUGCCCAGCGGGCACGGCGGGGAAGCUCUGGCUGGGGUGUCAUGGUGCUUCAUGCGAUACCUAACGGGCGCAAUAUGGCCUAUUCUAGGCAAAAAGAAUCACACACACACAAAAAAAAAUUAAAAAACUAUUGAUAUUUAAGGGCUACUAAUCCCGCCGACAGCUCAGAGCUCUGCGGGAAGGGCACCAGCAUCUCUGUCUGUGGGCAGGGCAGCAUCCCAGGGCUGCCCCAUCCCAAUGGGGGGACCCUGAGCGCUCUGGGUGCCCCCAGUGCCUCGCACCCAGACGAGGGCAUGUGUGUUGGCACUGCACUGCACCUUCUGGAGCCCCCUAUUCCUGCUAUUUCCUACCAGGAGCACCCACUGUCCCUGCUGGCUAUUUCCUACCACUGGCUUCUCGCUGGGUGAAAGAUUUUUUCGAGACACAGCUUUUCACCUCACUCUGGGUGUCCGCUCUGUCUGCAAAAUGACGAUGAGAAAUUCAGAUUUGCUUUCUGUUGGGUGAGUUGGUAGAGGCAGGGAGCAGCGCUAUUUCUAAGAGAAUGUGUUAAUCGUGCAAAUAGAUAAAUGAAAAACCAAAGCUCAACCCCUUCCAUCAGCAUGUGGAAAGAAGCCCUCCUGCUUUCCAUCUGACAGAGCUCCUUAAUGCUCAGCCAGGUGUCCCCAUGCCCAUGAGUGUGGUGCUCAAUAGCAAACUGUUGGUCUCACAUCCAAAAAAUCAUUUUGCAAAGAGAUCUUGUCCCACGGUCCUAAAUAACAACUUGAGGCCAUUUCAUUGAGUAGCCAGAGUCAACAAAGCACUCCUACGUGGACUUGUGCUGAAGCACUCCACAAAUUCCCAUAAUGUCCUUUGGCAUACAGCUCAGCCUGAGUUCCGCUGCUUCUGUCAAGGUCACAGUGAUUUGCAGGACAUAGGGCCCCCCCAAAUGGCCCUGUCCCUGGAGGCAGCUCUCUGCCACCUCUGAUCACUCACAGGUUGUUGGCUGGGCACCCAGGGACUGCAGCAGGAAACCCUUAAAGUCGUGAUGGAGUGGCCAUGAGUUGAUGGCAUGUGAUUGGGAAACGCCUUUCAACACUUGCCACUAAGGGUGUCCAUGAGGUCACACUGCUGGUGGUGACAAAUGCAUGCCCUGUCCCCAUCUCUGCGCUCACUGAGCUCCAUUGGUUGGGUUUCCCUGAAGCCAGCACUCACUUCCACCUGGUUUUUGUUUCCAACCCACAAAAACAGCACCUGAACAAGCAAUAUACUUGGUGACAUGGAAAUCAUUACAGUUAUUCCAUGCAAAAUCCUAAACAAUUUGAUCUAGCCCUGUUCUGUGUCCUUGCAGUAUCACUGCUUACGUGGGUUCAUCAUGUGCUUCUCCUUUUUUUCUUUCUUUUUCCCCCAUAUUUCCAUCUGUUGCACAGUAUUUACAAAUAAAACCAUAUUGUAAAUUAUUUACAAAAAAAAGAAAAAAAAAAGAAAAAAAUUAAAAAUAAAUCAGUCCUGAUGGCAUAAGACCAAUCUGUUUUCAUUACUGAGAUAUGAUGGCACUUACGAUCACUUUAGUAAAUGUAAUGUAAAAAAUAAUAAUAAUAAUAAUGUGUACGCAAAUUUAAUAUACAUGGUCUCAUGUAAGAUAAAUAUUUGCCUUUUUUUCUAAAAGGUGUAUGUAUUCUGUAAGUGGAAUAGUCUGUAGAAAGUUUCUAUAUGUUCUUAAAAUGGCAAUACAUUCCAAAAAGGUACUGUAAAUAUGUACAGCGAACAAUGUAAUUUGGUAGUUUUGCCUGUAAGUUUAUUUUAACUCCAGUUUCUACACUUGCAUCUUGCAAUGUCUGUAUGGUUAUAUCAGUGCAAAAAAAAAAAAAUGCAGGUAAAA